CAUUGGUGCUAAUGGUUUAUUUGAGAGCCUGGCUGCAGAAGGGUGUGUGUGUGUGGGAGAGAGAGAGAGAGAGAGAGAGAGAGAGAGAGAAAACGAGAACAUAUGAGCAUGUGGGAGAGAGUGGAUGUCAGGGCAUAGACGCAUAGCUCUAUCCACUUGUUGGCAUGUGGCACUAGUGUGCUUAUUCCAAAAUUCCCACAGUUCAGACCAAAGCCUCCUUUGGAGCAAACAUUACUAUACUGCAUGGGCCAGUGGUAUGUCCUACAAUAUGGAGCCUGUUAUAGCCCUGCUUAUUCUCUUAAAUGGUAAAAUCGUUCAGGAACAUUAAUGUAAAGGAAAAUAUAUUGUUGCAAUAAAAAGACUAUACAUUUGUGAUAAGGAAACUAUGUAUUUAAGGAAAAUAAUGAUUGUUACAACCAGUGACUGAUUCAAAAUAAAUGUACAUCUGUUACAGAGUAUUCAAGCACCAGACUUCAGAAAAUCCAGCUUAGUCCCAGCAGUAAAAUUGCCUCUAAAAAGACAGCCAAGAUGAGAGAGAGAGAGACAAGGAGGCAUGCUUCAGCUCUUAAGAAAAGAAAUGUGUUUUUAAAAAAAUAUUUUGCCAAAGAACCAGAACAUGAAAUGUGCAACCAGCAGAAGACAAGGGCAACCAAGGAAGGGAGUCAGCAAAUCAAAUAGGAGAAAGUGAAUAAAGAGAAGAAAAGCAAGCAAGCAAAGCCCUUAUAUUUAUGAAGAUAAUCUACAGUUCUUAAGUCUAAACUCAAUCACAUUAGUGGAUAGAAUGAAGACAGGGAUUAGAAGUGUAUCUUGUCUAAGGAAUUGAGACUUGUAUAAAAGAUGGAAAGGACAGCAGCGAUAAAGGAAGAUGACAAGGAAAGACCAGAAGAGACAGACAGACAGGCAGGAAGGUAAAGAAGCUAUUUUUGGUUUUGAUUUUCACAUUCAAAAACAGUACAUUGGUAAGUUCCAAAGGAGAGUGAUUUGUGAAUGGGAAUUAAAUGUAAAAUUGGAUCCUAAACCAAUGUACUAUAAGAGUCAUAUGUUCAAUUCGCAAAGAAUAAACAAGCAGUCCCAUUUUGGAUUGCAGGAACCUGAGGUAGAAUUGAAUCACAUGAGAAGACAUUGUUGAGACGUGAUUUGCUCCCAGUCAGUCUCCAGAGAGGCCCCAGCUCCUCCAGAUUUUGAGGGUGUAUGAGGAGGGAGGCGGAAAGGAGGUUUGCUUCCUCCUUAUUUCUCAGGUGGAAGCACUUCUGUCCACAGAAUAACUUUAUUGGAUUUCUCUCUUGCAAAUUGAUCUUAUGUGGCAUCUUAUAGCCAACAAUAAUCACAUGGCUCUUUCAGGAUUGUGACACAUUUAUAACAUGUAUUCUCCUUUUGGUCUCUAUCUUUAUUUCUUUUACCACCUCUCAACGUUAGGUCCCUGGUUUGACAUGUACCUAAGGGCACGUGAAUCAGUUGUUUUGAACUUCAAUCCUUUCAUGGUUUUCAAUGCUGACUCCAAAGUGGAUUAUAACAAUCAGCUCACAAGGGCAACUAACAUGACUGUUUCUGCUUUGCGAUUCUUGAAGACUCUCAGGACUAACAUUUUAGAACCAGAGGUUUUUCACCUGAACCCAGCCAAAAGUGACACUCAAGCUUUUAAAAAGUUCGUUCGUUUUGUGCCUCCUUCUCUGUCAUGGUUUUGUGCCUACAUGGUGAAUGCCUACCCACUAGACAUGUCACAGUACUUCAGGCUUUUCAAUUCUGCUCGACUGCCCAAGUCUAACAAGGAUGAACUAUUUACAGAUGAAAAUGAGAGGCACUUAUUGGUGAUUAGAAAUGGAAACUUUUAUGUAUUUGAUGUGAUAGAUAGAGAUGGGAAUAUACUGAAGCCUUCAGAAAUUCAAGCACAUCUACAAUUCAUCCUUUCUGACAGUAGCUCAGUUCCAGCAUUCCCUCUUGCGUGUCUGACUACUGAAAAUCGGGACAUAUGGGCAAGGUUGAGACAGGAGCUACUGGAAAAUGGGAAUGCAGAAGCCUUAAGAAAAGUAGAUUCAGCAAUAUUUUGUCUGUGCCUUGAUGAUUUUCCAAUUAACGGCUUGAACCACUUGUCCCAUACCAUGUUGCAUGGUGAUGGCAUCAAUAGGUGGUAUGACAAGUCAUUCAACCUCAUUUUAGCCAAAGACGGCACUGCAGCAAUUCACUUUGAACACUCUUGGGGAGAUGGUGUUGCUGUUCUUAGAUUCCAAAAUGAAGUGUUUAAAGAUAGCACUCAGACACCUGCAAUUACCCCUCAGUCUCAGCCUGCUGCUGUUGAUUCUGCCUCAUCUGUACAGAAACUGAACUUUAAAUUGAAUGAUGCCUUAAAAGAAGGAAUUACCCAAGCCAAACAAAAAUUUGAUGCUACUGUGAAAACAUUGACUCUGGAGGCUCAUCAGUUUGAAAGAGGAGGCAAGGAGAUGUUAAAGAAGCAUAAAGUCAGUCCUGAUGCUAUUGCUCAGCUCGCCUUCCAGAUGGCUUUUCUGCAGCAAUAUGGGCAAACUGUUGCCACCUAUGAAUCGUGCAGCACUGCAGCUUUCAAACACGGUCGCACUGAAACCAUUCGUCCUGCCUCCAUUCACACAAAGGCAUGUUCAGAGGCCAUUGUCAGAAAGUCAUCCAAGCACAGCGUAGCAGAGCUUCAACAGAUGAUUGCAGAGUGCUCUAAGUAUCACAACCAGCUCACAAAAGAAGCUGCUAUGGGCCAGGGCUUUGAUCGGCACUUGUAUGGCUUGCGAUGUGUGGCGGAAUCUCGAGGAACCCCCUUACCAGAAUUUUAUCAGGACCAAGCCUAUUCACAGAUUAAUCACAACAUUCUCUCCACAAGUACUCUGAGCAGCCCUGCAGUCUCCAUGGGUGGAUUUGGGCCAGUGGUCCCUGAUGGUUUUGGUGUAGGAUACGGAAUACACAAUGAUUGGAUUGGGUGUAAUGUUUCUGGCUAUCCAGCGAGGAAUGUGCAAGAAUUUGUCCAGUGUGUUCACAAGUCACUGGACGAUAUUUUUAAUGUUCUGCAAGGUAAACAGGUUAGUAACUGAGCCACAACAGGAUUGGCUUUUAAAAAACUUGGGUGAUACCAGUUCAUCUUCAGAUAGAAAAUUAUUUUUAACAAUUCUAGCUGGAUGUUCAGGUUAGCACCUACUUCUGGAAAAAAUGCCAGAAUUAAAAUAAUGUGUUCAAUUGUUUUAGUUGGGUCUCAACAUAAUCAUGUUUAGAGUCUGGUAAGCUAAACUCAUACAGAUACUUAAUUUUAAUACUGAUUGUAAAAUAAAAUGUAUUUUGUGCAAGUAUCUGCCAAAGACAUAUCACUGAAGAUUGAGGCCUAAAUCUUUUUCUUUGUCUCAACUAGACUAGAAUCAAUAAAUCAAUUAAAUUUAUGUAUGUGUUGACUCAGCAGAUGAUUCAAUGAGCUAGCUCUGGUUGGGACUAACCAAUAGCAUACAGGCCAUAUUUAGGCUGACUGAUGUACUGUAUAGGGUUCUUUCCUUCUUAAUGUAUACAUCAAUUUGAUAAUUUUGAAAUAGAAUCGUAAUAUAAACAGACAUGUUCCCGACAUGAAUGCAUAUAGAGAGAGUUUGGUUCACGUGCCUAAUUCAAACAUCCCCAAUCAAGCCUUUUUGUUGGAAUACAUCCCAAGAAUGAAAUCUUUUUGAGCAAAAUUCAUCCACCAACUGUGAAGGCCUUCCUAAAAUACCAGUUUUCAUAUUAUUUCUCCAGAGAGCUACAUUGUGAUAGUGUGUGACUUAUAAGAAACAGUUAGGUGAAUCAAAGCAACAUCUGUUAGAAUAACUAAUCUCACUCUUCAACUGGGAAGACUUCUGGUUAAAGUAAGCUUUAAUUGUACAGAUGGUUGUUUAGAAAAUUUAAUUUUAUCAUCAUGUAACUUUUCCAACAGGCUAAGCUAGAGACUUCAGACUUACCUGGUUUGAGUCAGAUCUCAAAGACUUUUAAUUUAAAAAAAUCAAAAUGUUUGUAGAACAAUUUUUGCAUUCCUCCCUUACCAACAUUAAGUUUCUGCUGGACUUCACUUCAAACAUUUUAAUUCUUCUCUAAAAUGUGUUUUUAACAAGUGAUCUCUUAAGACUAAUACCUCAAAGACAAAAUGAAUUUGAAAGAAUCUAAAUAUACAAGUUGCACUGAGGAUGAUAUGCACUUCGAACAGCUGCCUUAUUUUUCUUAUUAUAUUUAGCUAGGUAUCAAUCUAAAACGUGUGCUGGGAACAAUUUAGCCUCAUUUAUUCAAGUGAAACUUAAAUGUGAACUUCCAACAAUCUUGAACUAAAUAUUCAUGUUUUUGUGAUGAGAAAUUACAGCUGAAAUAAAUAACUUGGAAAUGAA